CAGGAGCUUCCGUACUUUCGGCUGUUGAACAGUUGUUGCUAGGCAACCCGGAUUUAGCCACAACAAUGGCCGACAAAAGUUGUAAGAAAAAGGAUAAAGCCGUCAUUUCGGAGGCCAAGAAGCGUCCAUCAUCCAGUACAGCUGAGAGCGCCAAGAAGAUGGAAGCUAAACCAAAGGAAAGAUGUAACUCGAGUCCAACAAAAAAACAUAUUGAUGACAUUUAUGCCAAGGAGGAGGAGUACAAGCUGUUAAAUGCUGAGCUUGAAGCCAAAACAUCAGAGCUAGUGAGACAAGCAGAGCAACUCAUGAGAGAGCAAAGUGAAGUUCUGUCAUAUCCUCUCUCUAAUGAAUUCACCGUGGAAACGGAGGGUGGAGAUGGUUUCAGAAACUCAAAAUCUCAACCAAAAGCUGCACAGGAUCCUGGAAUGAAGGUGAGCAAAAAAAGGGUCACAUCAGCAACACAGAGUAAACAUGCUGGGAAACAAGAAAAGAAGCCACAGUUUAAAACAGCGACAUCGAAGGACUCUCGUGAUGAUGAAGCUAUAUUGAAUAAAGCUGAUAUCUUCUUAGCAAAGACGAUUCUGGGCCUGCAGGAGAUAGACUGUGGUCAGGAAAACAUAGUGGACAGUGCUGAAGAUUACGGAGGAUUAGCCGUUUCUGAUGCUCAAACACGAGUGUUGAAGGCAAAGCUUCGAAUUAUGCAAGAAGAGAUCGACACGCUUUCUUCUGAUUAUCAUAAGAAGGAAGAAGAAAAUUCAAAGCUGGCUGCAAAAAUUAAAGAGCUUGAGGAGGACAGAGUCCGGCUGCAGAGGACCAUCAACAUCCACCAAACACAGACUGAGAAGCAGAAAGCCUUAGCUGAAGAGUCGGCCAGAAAAUGCGACGAUCUCCAGCUGCAAGUGUCUGCGUUAAACAAGGAAGUAGAAACUCUGACUAGAUCCCAAAAGCAAGCGGCGUUUAUCCACAGCACCGUGGAGGUUCGUCUGAACAGAGCAGUGGAGGAGGCGGAGAGGCUGAAGUCUCAGCUCGCCAAGACAAAACAAAUAAACAAAGACAAAAUCAGUGAAGAACAACAAAGUAAAGAAAGUCUUCUAGCUGAAAACCAGAUUCUGAAGAAGCAGAAAACUGAACUUAUUGCUGGUUUCAAGAAACAACUGAAGUUGAUCGACAUUCUCAAAAGACAAAAGAUGCACUUUGAAGCUGCAAAGCUGCUGUCCUUUGCAGAAGAGGAAUUCAUGAAAGCUCUGGACUGGGGGAAGUCAUGAACAUGGAGAUAUACACAAUUUAUUGAAUUACUUUUAUGUUUUUUUUUUCUUUUAAGAUAAAUACUUCAACAGGUUCCUUUUAGAGAUGUUUGUAUUGUGAACUGUUUAGAUUUGAUUAGUUCACUGUAACUUGUUUCGUUUAAGAAUUUAAUAAAUGUUAACAGUCUAAAUUAAAACUAAAUAAACUUAAAAAUAAAAG